AUGACGGACAAGCUUCCCCCUCCGCUCCUGGCCCUUUUCCAGCCUCGUCCGCCCCUGCGCUACAUCCCCCCAGGUGAUCGCGCACCGGAAGACUGCCAGAAAAGCACAAUAUCCGGUGUUGCCCAGUACCUCGGCGAGCUCAAGAAUUAUGAAGAGGAGGUGCCGUACAAUGCUACAGAAAGCUGGCUCCAGCGCAAGUGGCGCCAAAAGUUAGAAAAGAAAGAGAAGGCAAACGAACAAUUGUCGGAGAACAUUGAAAGCUACGAACCUUCGAAUGACCAACAAGCUCGAGGCGACCCAUUCAGAACGCUGUUUGUCGCCCGACUCAGCUAUGAAGUGAAGGAAUCUGAUCUCGAACGCGAGUUCGGUCGGUUUGGGCCUAUUGAGAGGAUCCGUAUUGUGAAAGAUACAGUUACGCCUAAAGGUUCGAAAAAAGCUCAUAAGGGAUAUGCUUUCAUUGUAUAUGAGCGCGAAAAGGACAUGAAAGCUGCCUACAAAGAGACGGACGGCAUCCGAAUCAAGGACCGACGUGUCUUAGUAGAUGUGGAGCGCGGCCGCACUGUCAAAGGCUGGAAACCACGUCGCUUUGGUGGGGGACUUGGAGGUCGUGGAUAUACCAAGGCGUUUCCCUCCCGCCCCACCGGCCCUGGAUCGUUCAAUGCUCCUUCCGGUCCCGGGGGCUACGGUGGUGGAUUCCGUGGUGGAUUUGGUGGUAGAGGUUUCAGAGGAGGAGGUUUCCGCGGUGACCGUUUCGGCCCUCGUGGUGGUAUCGGCUAUCAAGGAGGUCGCAAUGGCUUUGGCGGGCAGCCUCCACCAAAUGCGCCCUCUGGUCCAGGUGGUGGACGCAGUGGUGGAUUCGGUGGAAGAUACGACCGCGAUCGAGGCGCAACAGGCAGCAACAGCGAACCCAUAAGGCCCAGAGGUGGUUAUUCUGACCGUGACCGACGCGAUGACCGUGAUCGCGACAGCGACCGCUACAGAGAUCGUGAAAGGUCGGACAGAGACAGCUAUCGCUACCGGGACCGGGGAGACCGGGGAGACCGGGGUGAUCGGGGAGACCGUGACCGUGACCGUGAUAGGUAUGGUGGCAGGGACGACUAUGGACGGAAGCGAUACCAUGAAGAUGAUUCGUAUGAUGACCCGCGCGCCAAGAGAAGAUACUGA